AUGGUCGCACUCACGUUCCUUGCGUUUGCCGCUCUCUUCGCGCCUUCCGUCACCGCUGCUCCAGCCCAGGCGUUCUCCGUCCCCCAUGUCGACCCCACAAAGUUCCUCUGCCAGCUUCCCAUCCUCAAGAAAUGGGUCUGCCCCCUCAAAGGAACUGCCGCUCUCAACAGGCAGACUCCUUGCGGCACUGCCGGCGGCAUCCAGGACCCCCAAGGUGCCUACAGGUUCGUCGUCAAGUAUGGCAAUGCUGCGCGUUGGGCGCCUUCCACCGUUGCUUCUACUUGGGCGCUUCCUAAUGGCUUCACCAACACUUCGGCCCUACCUCUCGCCUGCCCGCAACCUGGUCUUGACCCAUCCAACUACUCAGAAGACUGUCUUUCUAUGGUCCUCUACGUACCCCCGUCCUUGUCCUUGACCAGUUCUGCUCCCACUCUCGUCUGGGUUCAUGGUGGUUCGUUCGUUGUCGGUUCUGCAACUGGCGUUGGUCUCGAUGGCUCCAAGCUUGCUAUUGCCACAAACUCUAUUGUUGCAGUUGUUCAGUACCGUUUGGGUGCACUUGGAUUCCUCGCUCCCAACGGUCAGAACAACCUCGGUGUCAAGGACGUCAUCACUGCCCUCAAGUUCUUGAAGACGGUUAUUCCUUCCUUUGGUGGAAGCUCUUCAAAAAUCACUCUCGCCGGGCAAAGUGCCGGUGCCAACAUGAUUAGAGCGCUUCUUGCAGUUCCAUCAGCGUCCAAUCUUUUCAGGUCGGCUAUUUUACAGUCGGACCCUAUGAAUUUCGGCUUCAUCGGCACCACUACGCAGAACACGCUCAUCUCCAACUUCACCGGUCAAGUCAACUGUAGCGGCGGCGAUUCCGCGUGCCUCAACGCCCUUUCCACGGACACUAUUAUCAACGAGGGCAUGAACGUUUUCUCCUGGGCCUACAUCUUGGACCCCGCUGCUGGUCGUAACCAACCGUUACGCCCCGUUCUUGACGGCUCUUUAAUCACGUCGCCACUGGACUCGACGGGCUCAUUCCCUGCUGUCUCGAAACCCCUCCUCAUCACCUCCGUCUCCAACGAGGCCGGACCUGCCAUCUAUGGUGGUUUCCCUGCUCUACCCGAGAAUAUGUUCGCUCCUCUGUGCGAGGCAACGUUCGGCCCCGAACGUGCAGCUAUCGUUGUCGCGCAACCCUUAUAUUCUCCUGUUCCUGCGGCGGACGGUUCGAUCGAUGCGCGCGCACAGCUUCAACAGGUAGGCACAGACUAUCUCUGGCGCUGCUCCGGUUGGACGUUUGCACGUAGCUGGGUCUCGCAUGGAGGCAAGGCCUAUGUGGGCGAGUAUAUUGUUGGUGCGACGUACCCCAGCAAUGAUUGGGUGUCGUACUGCGCCAAGGCAGGCGUCGUUUGCCACGAGGACGACAUUCAGAUUGUUUUCGGCACGACUCCCAACCCCACAAGCGCCCAAUCAGCACUGGCAACGGAGAUGCAGCAGCGUUACAAGGCGUUCCUCUCAAGUGGCAACCCGAACACUGCGGGUGUCGCUUCUUGGAUCGCUGCGACUGCCACCGAUGUGCACCCUAUCCUUCUUGGUGGCUCGGGCGAGGCGAUCCUCGGAGCUUGUGACCCUAGUUUCUGGGGCUCCGGUGUCCAGUACGACUACCAAUUCUACGCCCAGUAA